GCCCACACCAGCCAUGGGUUUAAUUUCGGUCGACUGAAGCAGCAUGGACGCGCCGCCGCCGCCGACCAAGCCCAAGGGCGGCCGCCCGCGCGAUGGCGUCUGGGCCGACUUUGACGAGUCGACGGGCAAGCCGCGGUCCUGCAUCUGCACGUGGUGCCGGACCGAGAUGAAGUCGGAGCCGAAGCGCAUGAUCCACCACCUCGCGUCGAAAUGCAAGGAGAUUGACCUCGCCGGGCGCAACAAGUACCUCCUUCGCUGGAACGAGAUGAUGUCGGCGGGCCACGACGACGACUCGGGCGUCCCGCGCAAGGUGCAGAAGAUCUCCAACAAGAAGCGCAAGAUCCUCAUAUCGGGCGGCGGCUUCAAUAGCUCGUACCUCAAGUACGUCGUUGCGCUCACGGGCAAAGCACGGCCGCGCAUCUGCUUCUUGCCCACAGCAGCCGGCGACAAUCAAGACAAGAUCGUCCAGUUCUACGAAGACUGCGCGGCCUUGAAUGUCGAGCCGCAUGUGCAAUUGAGCUUCCUCAGCAGCGCCAAGCAAGCGCGCGACUGGGACGAAGUUCUCCUCUCCAUGGACGCGAUUGUGUGCUCUAGUGGCAACACGGUCAACCAGCAAGCGAUCUGGAAAGCCCAUGGCCUCGAUGAGAUUCUCAAGCAAGCUUGGGACAAAGGUAUUAUUCUCUGCGGCUCUGGUGCUGGCGCGCUCUGCUGGUUCGAGGAAGGCACGACCGACUCGCGCCCCAAGCGACUCUCGACGGUCAAGUGUCUCGGGUUCCUUCCGGGCAGCCACUGCCCGCACUACGACUCGGAGCCGCACCGGCGACCGCUGUACCAAAAGCUCAUUUCGACCGGGGAGCUCAAGCCCGGGUACGCCUGCGACGACGACGCGGGUAUUUACUUUGAAGACGCCGAGCCGAUCCGCGCCGUCACUGCACGCGCCGACGCCAAGGUCUACUACGUGAGCAUGGUCGCUGGCCAAGUCCAGGAGCAGCUCCUUCCGACGCAUUCGAUUGACAGCAACAGCUGCACUGUCUAACGCGCGUCUGUCAAUUAUGUACAUUUUUCAUGCAUCCAGA